AUGGACAAGCCUAGCGGGAGCUCGGCCACAAGAUCAUCGCUCACUCUGGGCAAACUAGCGUACUGUGACAUGGGCAUCACUGACGGGCUGAACAGUGGAUUUCGAACAUGCUGGACGGCUGCUGGCAGCAUACGAGCUCGACGUGCUCGUGCGAGCACGGACAGCAUACUAUGUACAGACGACGUCGUGGACUCCGUCCGCCUGGCCGUGCUCCGUCCAGGCUGCGAGCGCGUCCCUGUCGGUCUGGAAGAGAAACGAAAUACGGAAGAUUGUGGCCAGACUGCUUUUAGCGGGCGUGAGAAGAUAGGGGACCAUGAGUGGCCCGUCAUUGCAUUGCGUGGUGCGUGUGGAGGAAAGGUCAGGCGAUUGCGCACAGGCGUGCCACUGGCCGAACCCAGAGCGUCUGCCAAGAACCAAGAAGAGAGGCACAGGAGUAUGGAGUACGAGUGGCAUACGCCCAACGCUGGACAGACAGCAGGAAUACGGAAGACAGUACGGGUGGAAAGGUGGGAGAAGCGGUCCUCGUAA